ACACUGACAUAGUAACCGUCAAUGUCAAACGUAAAAACAUUAUUGUGUACAAGGUAAAUUAAAAGAAAACUAAUGAAUAAGACGGUCACACAUCCACAAUCUAAGCAAACAAUUGUAGACUUGACUAAGUUUGGUCCUAGCGUGUUUACCCUUACAUUCGCCCUAGAAGUGGUAGGAACCGAGGUCUGGAGUGAUUGUGACGAUGGAUGGGUAGAACUUGGAAGUAUAAUUAAUGGAGUCAAAUUGAUAUAUCAAUUGUACCAUGGCCAAAUAUUUGAGGUGGAAGUUGUAAUAUAUCCACACGCGGCUAAGAUCGUCUAUGGAAACAAUUACGAUUGGGUUCGAACAUGGCAGUUUUUAGAGAGAAGAUUUUUGGCGUUUUCGAUCAGCCAUGCAUUCCCAGUGAGAGUGACGGAAUUCCGAACUUUCGUGGCAACAGUUACACCCCACCCCGGAAUAUCCGUACUUAGUGCUAAUGCUAAAGCCGAGAAAUCUCCUUACAUUUUUUUCCCUCCUCUGCAAUUCGGUGAACGACGACAAUUCGCCAGAGUCUUUGACUCUGAGUAUCCCCUCAAGAGGUAUAUAUGGGACUUGAUAUGGUAUCGCGUUGUGGUAUACAUCCCGACCACGUAUUUGGAUGGCCUAUUCGAUACACCAUAUCCAGUUUAUGGUGUCAGGCAACAGGAUGCAGUACUUCGCCAAAUACAAGAUGCAGUUUUAUAUCGUCCUCCGUUGGUCGAGGUGGACAACACUAGUAUUAAGAGACGUUCGAGUAAGACGGACAAAAAGAAACCUGAAGAAUCGAACACAAAACUUGAAGUGAAACUUUCUGGGGAUUGGAUCUUGGCAGGUGUUGGAAGGGUUGUACCAUUCGUAAGCACAGGUAACCGUAUACCGGAGCUCGGUGAAGUAAUAGCUCUGAUUAGCACCGGUAAUUUACCCUCGUAUGACGACCUUCCGAUUUUUUUCGCCAACGUUACUAAUCUAGUUGAUCUUCCAUUGGAUCAUUUGUUAGAAAACAAUUUCACUCAUAUUUAUACGAGAUGGGUGGUUGCUGACGAAGAUCGCUCUUCAGAACAAAUAUCUUUAGAAAAUGUCACACCUGAAACUAAGAUUAAUUUUAAAGAUCACCACGCAGUGCCAUUGGCGAAUGCUACAGCUUCUGAUAUCAUGGCUAUCUUUUUAGAAGAACCUUUUUGUAUAGAGCUUCGUGGAAUAAGAAUACCACCGGAGACACAAAAAUCAAACUUUUUUGGUUAUGACAAAAGUGAUCGAGAUUUUGCAACGGGCAUAACACCACCAAUAGUUAAUCAAGAUGUGGAUAUUCUCAUUGCACAGACGAAAAUUGAUGCGAGAGCCUUGAAAAAAAUCAAUGGUUGUGUGAAAAGAGAGUUUUCAUUAUUUCCCCCUGAGCCAUAUAUUGAGCCACUGGAACGUGAAGGGAUAUGUACAAACGAUAUAAAUGCAAUAAGAAGGAAAGUCAAACCGGACUUUGUUAUUCAACCAAAUAAAAUCUUAGAGGCACAGAUGACAUUACAAGUAUCUAUAGGUCUUGUAGGAUGUAAGCCUCACCCAGUAAAUAUGAGAUAUUCAAGAUUAUAUAGUCUUAUUAGUGACCAUGGUGCCAUAAUGGUUAUAUUACGACAAAUAACAGAAAUAAACGAGUCACUGCUACUAACUGGCAAUAAUACAGGUUUGUUGACAGGAUUUGCUCUAGAUACAGGAGACACUGUGAUGUUAUAUGUAGAAGGGCCGAAAGAAGGUGAGAUUUUACGAGUAUGGGAAAGAACGGCAGAUUUUUAUCCCAUUGUGAAACCUCUUUUCUCGACUUCCAGUAAUUAUAUUGGAAGAUUGUAUCCUGAGUUGCUUCUUGGUGCCAUGCCGUUCAAUAUUUUGAAAAUGUUUGUGCCGUUAUCGGUUUUGUUAGGGUUGACACCAAUUUAUGCUCGUCCAGCAUUACCACUGCCCACUCGUGCUGCUGUGCUGAAGAUAGGACGCUUAAUUGGUGGAAGAUACUCUACGGUUCCAUGUCGACGCGUAAUGCCAACAGCUAUGGAACUGAAGAGUUUCAGACUAGAGCUGUGCGUGGCGCCGCGACCUCCAGUGACUACCAAUUUAAAUAUUCCUGUAGUCAAAACAAGCAACGUAACUAAUGUGGUACCUCAAAAGACAGUUUCUACAAAAAGUUGCGGUCACUCGAAACACGAUGAAGGUUCUGAGCAAAGUGUGUCGUGGAGCGGUGAAAAAACGAAGUAAGGAGACUUUGCUUACACGAUUUUUUUAUAAUAAAAUUGCUACAUGACAUAUAUAAUUUUUAGUGUUUUGUAUUUCAUUUUGCAUAGAUUUAUAUAAAAUAU